CGGAUUGGAGCGCAAGCGAUCGGUUCAUACCGCCAACCCUCCCCAGACCCGCUGGAACCAAGGGACCAUCCUAUCCAGAGCCAAUAGCGUGUCCUCAUCGAGGCCCAGUGCAGACGCAAUGGCGGCAGCAGCGGACCAGAACAGCUCCCGGCGGCGCGCCGGCUCGCUCGCUGAGCCUUAUCCUGCAGACAAAUCGCAUCGGCCUCAUGGGAUGCUGGCCCCUGAGUACCAGGCACGGGAGCCGGGAGACGAGCCGCGAGAUACGCUUCCACGCCGAACUGCCUCUCUCAGGGAGCGAUAUCCAGGCGACAUGUCUCACCGACCUCUGGCAAUGAUCACGAGGGAACACCGGGCUGCUGACCGAGCACCGCACCUGCAUAACCACCGCCGCCAACAACCCAGCGAUAUCAUCGACUUGCUCGACGUUACCGGCCCGGUGCCGGGCGUCAGCUAUCAUCACGGCGGGCCAUAUGACGCCACCAUGAAAGAGCGGAAUACCAACACGAAGUACCCCCCCGUCGAGGCGGUCAGAGACACAAACCUUGAGGCUCUGAAGGCCACCCCCGCCGAGUUCGUGCAGGAUUCUCUUGUCAAGCAUGUCCCGCUGCGGGGGACCGCUGUUAUCCCACCGGGUAUGAAGGAUCUUGCGGGGCGCACGAUGGAGUACGAGGAGGGCACCGACUUGACGCGUGAUGGGGACGCACUAGGUGGGACCUACGAUUCAUGGGAAUAUAUGGUAAGCCAGCCGGCGGCCUUGUCCGAGCCGGGCUGCUGACAACAUCCCGCAUCCUAGCCUUGCCGCGAUGACGAUCUCAAGGGAAAAGGAAAGCCCUUCCCUGGCCGCCAAGCGCGCCGAGACCGUCGCAAACAGCUUGCCGAUCCCAGCGUUGGGGCGGCGUCCUACGAGUUGCAAACUUCUUCCUCUCUCUCGUGCCGUGGACCCGAUGGGAGCGACGGGGACGGGGAGUUGACCACUCAUGUGUGUCAGCGGAGCCUCAGCAAUGGUGAUCAGCUACAACACAGAAUGGACGAGGCGGGCUCAUCGGGACUGCAAAGGAGUAACACAACCGGUAAGAGCUUUACCCAGAGCCUAAAAAGACGGUUCGGGGGUUUGAGGAGGAGGGGACAUCCUGCCGAGGCGGGACGUUAAAACAUGUCGCAUUGAAAUGGCUUCACGGUAUAGGAAAC